GCGGGGUCCGGGGCACCAUGGGCUGCGGCUGCUGGAAGCUGCCCGCUUGGCUGGGGACGAUGCUGUUGCUGCACGUGGCGGUGGCUGAGGAUCCGGUGAGCACGGCCGGGAGGAGAUGUGACACUAUCUACAAGGGCUUUGCCGAAUGCCUCAUCAGCCUGGGGGACAGCAUGGCCCAGAGUGUCCAGAAGCAGCAGGAGGACAGUGGGCAGGAGCUGGACACCAUCUGCAGGUCCUGGGACGACUUUCACACCUGCGCCAACAGGGUCUUGUCCCGCUGCCCCGAUGAAGCUGCUGCCAUCUGGGAGUCGCUGCGCCAGGAGUCCAGGAAGAUCCAGUUCCAAGGGAACCUGCACGACCUGUGCAGCGCGCGGGCCAGGCCGCCCGGCAGCGUGCGGGGCUCGGCCGCGGACGAGACUAACAAGGAGACCCUGCGGGGCUCAGCCCGGCUCGCCCGGCCGAGCCUGCUGGCUGCCCUGCCGCUCCUGGUGCUCACAUCACUCCUGGUGCCCUUCGUCUAGCCAGGGAGCCGCGGCCAGGCACCCCCUGCCGGCACCUGGCACAGACUCUCGCAGGGCCGGGCACCCGCACUGCGAGAGAGAUCAGGGUUACUCUGUAAAUCCCAUGCGCCAGGAGCUGUGGGCACCAGAGCCUGCUGCCCACGGGGUGUUUCCAGCCUCUUUCAAGCCAGCCAGGGCUAUGGGGCAGCCAGAGGCCAGGUUCCCCGGCACAGCCUGGGUCCAGGGGCAUCGUGUCCCAUGGGGCGAAUGAGGCUGGAGCCCCUGGGGUCCUGCGAUUCCAGGGAGAUCUGGACCACAGUGACUGAGCUCCCCAUCGCCCUGUGCGCACAGCUCUCCCUACAGAGACCGGCCUGAUCCCAGCCUCUCUUCCCUUGGCCUGGCCUGCGCCGGCAGCUCUCCUGUGCCCCCCACACCCACCCCAGGGAGUUGCUUUCCACCUGGGCCUGUCUCAGUGCCCAAGCUGGAUCUGUGGAAAAAGACUCCUCAGGCCGGCUGCCCCGAUCCCACCCCUACAGCUCUGCGGGCUCCUCUGCCUCCCCGUCCCUGCGAGAAGCCAGAACGCGGCGAUGUGGGGGAAGCCGAGCCUGGGAACCUUCCCCCUGGAGCUGCUGCAGCCUCCAGGGGAGACGUCCCUCAGCUCCUUCCCCUUGGCCGUGGCCCAGCCCUCUGCCGUGUGCUCUGCUCCCCUCCUCGCUGUGCUUCGCCGAAGGCCUGGCCUGUUGCCACGAGCGCUGGGUGCUGCACCCCCGGUCAGGCCACGCCGAUGGGCAGUGAGGUGGCAGGGCACCCCCGCAAGGAGCCGACUCCUGCCCAGCUCGGCUCAGCUGUUGGCACUUGCAGGUGGGCAUUGGGGCUGCCCUGGCCGUGGGCAUAGCCCGGCAGGGGACCUGCACUCACCAUCCAUGCCCGUCGCGUGCGCCUGGGCUUUCAGCACUGCUCAACGCCAGCCCCUCCCAUUGACAGCUGGAGGGGGAGUUCUGCUCGCUGAUUCCCAGGAGGCCCCCAGGCCGGCUGUCUGGGUGUCCCGCAUUGGUUGGCACCUGCAGGGCCGGUCCUGGGGGAAGCUGGCUGUCUUGCUUGCAGCAUGCCAUGCUAGGCCUGCUCCCACUGCUGCGAGAUCAGCAUCCGGGUACAACUCCCUGCCCAAGCUGGGCGCAAGAGGGCCUAAAACAUUGGACUGGCCCUGCAGAGCCUCUGGAAUGUCCCCAGGAGAUAGUGUCACUUAGCGUCCGGCUGUUCUUGGGAGUCCAUCAGAUCAGGCUCUGGCUGCCUAGAGGCCAGCUGUGUGCCCUGGGGCACCAAGGGCACAGAGCACCCCCCUCCCUUUAAUUAACACCACUGGGCUGGGGGGGGUUGGUUUUUACUGCCACACAAAUAUUCUUUAGUUGACUUAAACGUGCAAAGAGUGACCAAGCCCAUGUGAGUGGCGGGGCUGCCUGUCUCUGGAGGCCGUGCGUAUAUUCUCUGUCCUGGACCCACUCAGAUGUAUCUAUAUUUAUAUUAAAAGACACUUUUACAUUUC